AUGCGGUAUUUCGCAUUUUCCAGUCAGCCAUUCAGGGCGCUGUACAUGGCAGGUUCCGUCAUCUCGUUCCUGUUUGUCCGAUUUCCGUUCUGGACGGUAGCAUACUUGAUACCGAGACUGCGUCCGAGGCGCAGCUGGUCUGUUGGCCGAUCGUUGGCCAUGCUCGUAUGGCAAACAGGAGGUUACUGGGUAGGGCCUCGACUUGGCACAGUGCCUGCUGGCAAGCAAGCAUGUGCGGGCGAGAAGGUUGUUUAUCACAUUCACACCGCCAUCAUCGAUGCUAUUGCAGGAUACCAUUCUCUUGUCCGAGAGGUUGGAUUCGAGCCCCAGAACAUCGUCCUGAGCGGGGACUCCGCAGGGGGGAACAUAGCGUUUGGGCUGGCGCUCUACCUUGCCAGGUCCAAGCUCCCCGGCCUGCCGCCGCCGGGCCGGUUGCUGCUGAUCUCUCCCGCGGUGGACUGGGGUAAUACGCAUGUUACACCUAACAGCUCUAUGCGCAGGAAUGCUCGGUCGGACUUCAUCCAACCUGUGUUCCUGAGCGGCUACACCGCGCGGGCACUAGUAGGGAAAUUGCCACUGGAGACGGCGGCAAGGAGCGUGUGGAUCUCACCUGGGUCUCUCGAUCUGGACGUCGCACCCGGAUCGUUCGCAAGCCUGCCGCCGACGUGCAUAUUCGUAGGCGAUGCGGAGGUGGCUCUCGAUCAGGUGCGCACCUUGCGGGAUAGGAUACGGGCGGACAACGGCGAGGACGCAGUGAAGUACAUGGAAUGGACCGAUGUCACACAUGUUGCUAUCUGCAUGUUUUGGCAUGAACCGGAGAGGACCAUGGCACUGCGCGAGAUUGCAGAGUGGUUAGACGAUACGUAA